AUGUAAGGGGCAAUUUCAUUAAAAUAUUAAUAGCUAUAUUUUUUUCCCUAAAAAUAAUCCAAAUCAUCAAAUAAAGUCAAUGAUGUGCAAUCUUAAACAUAAAUAUUUUCAAAAUUGUAGCUUAAUGCAAUGAAGGAUUUAUUUUUGAAUUUGAAACAGGAAAAUGUAUUGAAAAGAAACCAUCUUAAGAAAAUUGUUUAAGAUCAUAUAUUAAUUUUAAAAAUGAAGAAAUUUGCACUUUAUUUGCAAUUGCUGAUUUCAGUAUUGCUUUUGAAAUCAUAAAUUGUCAAAAUCUCAUUCUUAAAUGUAAAUAAUGUAUUAAAACCUUUUAAUCAAAUUUUUUCUUUGUGA